UUUAAUUUUGUAACAUAUCUACAAGCAGCCCUUGCCAAUUAUGGCCACUACAUCAAAAUUGAUGGCCAUUUUCUUUUGCCUCCUCAUCACCGCCGCCACCUCCGCCCCCCGUGGUGGCCGGAAACCCCACCCCCGGCCCCCGUGCCAGCAACUCGUCUUUUAUUUCCACGACAUCCUCUACAACGGGCACAAUUACGAGAAUGCCACCUCUGCGAUCAUCGGGUCCCCACAGUGGGGUAACAAGACCACUGUGGCGACGCCCUACAACUUUGGCGACUUGGUAGCGUUCGACAACCACAUAACCCUAGACAACAACUUGCACUCUCCACCCGUGGGCCGCGCCCAGGGCAUGUAUUUGUACGACCAAAAGAGCACAUACGGCGCGUGGCUCAGCUUCUCGUUCCUCUUUAACUCCACUGACUACGUGGGCACGUUGAAUUUCGUGGGGGCGGACCCGUUGAUGAACAAGACUAGGGACAUUUCGGUCGUUGGAGGCACCGGCGAUUUUUUCAUGGCUCGAGGCGUCGCUACUUUAUCAACGGAUUCAUUUGAAGGAGAUGUUUACUUUAGGCUUCGUGUUGAAAUCAAUUUGUAUGAAUGCUGGUAGAUUAUUGAGAUGUUUUUCUCCUAAUAAGUCAAGCUUUAUAAUUAUAUGGCUACACCUA